AUGGACGCCCAAGCCUACCUAAUCAAGCACGGCUGGUCCGGUCCAGGCAACCCGCUGAACCCAAACAAACGACCGGGCGCACACAGCGGACUCGGCCUCACCCGUCCGCUCCUCGUAUCACGCAAAGCCAACAACCACGGCGUGGGCAAGAAGACAACAAAAGACCCGACAAACCAGUGGUGGCUGCGCGGGUUUGAAGAUGCCCUGAAGGGCGUCGGGAAUGACAGUUUUGAGGCUACAUCUGCGCGCGAGAACAAUGCGCUGACGAGUGAGCUGUAUCGGCAUUUUGUGAGGGGGGAUGGGUUGGCUGGUACGCUUGAGGGGGCGGAGAAGAAGAAGGAUGACAACGGAACAUCUACCUCCAAGUCGAAGCGCAAGCGGGAGAAUGAAGACGAUGGCCUUGAUCGUAAGGCUAAGAAACUAGCGAAGGCUGCGCGGAAACUAGAGAAGGCGGAGAGGAAGGAGGGGAGGCGUGUAAAGAGGGCCGCAAAGGCGGAGAAAAAGGAGAAGAAGGCUGCUGAGAAGCUCGCGAAGAAGGCUUUGAAGGAGAAGAAGCGGACUGCUUCUGAGGAGGAGUAUCCUACGCCCACAUCGAUUGAUCAGGAAUCUGAUCAGACUGGGGCAGAGACCACGGAGACAGAUGAGGCUGUUACGCGGUUAGAGGAGAAGACGACGAAAAAGGAAAAGAAGGAGAGCAAGAAGAUUAAGAGCACAGGGAGUGAAGUGGAUGCCGAAGUCCUAAAAAAGAAGUUUAAAAAGGAGAAGAAGGACCGCAAGGAAGCCAAAGCCUGA